UCCGAAGCGAGUAAUGUGAUGCCAGUGAAUCCUCGACUGUCUAGCAAUACAUACGGUGCUCACAGUUGAUGUGUCGUAGUCAUCAGGAGAGGAUGCUCGUAAUUUUUUGGCAAAUGUGUAUCCGAAGCGCGCGGCGAGUCUAAAGUGAAAAUAGUGUGUCGAUGCAUUAAAACAAACCGCAGAAUUUGUCGUGCGACGUGAAAAUACCUAAAGUUGUACUCAAAUUAAUCAUUUCCAUUUUGUGCAGUGGUUUGUGGAUUUUUGUUAUAAGUGGUGACGCCUGGUAUUUUAGCAUUAAAUCACCAGAGGAAAUAUAGUUCGUCAAGUGUUUAACAGUAGUGAAUAUCAGUGUAGGCAAAACGGUAAAACAAGACGAUAGGCACUUCAUAGGCUACCAGUUUGAUUGAAUUUAUUUGUUCAUCUGUGUUCGUGAUAAACAGAUCAUCGUCGUCGUAUCUUUUUCGCAUCGCUCAAGAAAACGAUAUAAUAUUGUUGUUUUUCAUAAAAAAAUAUCAUAAUCGUUCAGUUCAAGUGAUUUAAUCUCAUUACACACCACUGCAUCACAACCAAACACAAUGGAGAUUCAGUAUCAGAAUCACGACAUCUCACAUCUCAGCAGGUUUAGUGUCAGGAAAAGUGAAAAUGAACGUCUGUUGGAUGAUGCAUGCACGAUGCUCUCAGAAUUGCUACCACCGUUUGGUUGUAUGGCUUCGAAGAUGUCAACGGUUGGCAAGAUUGCAGAAGGGACGGAAAUGCCAAGCCCCAUUAAGGAUUCCACCCAUUCCGAGGAGGUUGACACGAACAUCUCAAUUGAGUUAAUUAAAGAAGACGACGCCGAAGAAGUUCUGAAAUUGCUGAAAAAGUUUUUCUUCAAGGACGAACCACUCAACACAUUCGUGAAUCUUGGAGAAUGCAAGGAACUAGAGAAAUACUCAACCAAAAGUCUUCACGAGCAUUGCUCAUUUAAGGCGGUGAACUCUCGUGGAGAGAUUAUUGGAGUGACACUUAAUGGUUUGGUUCUCAAACCGAGCGAAACUGAUGAGCCCCCAGCGAAGUUAGCUGACGGAUGUGAACAUCCCAAGUUCCGUAAAAUUAUGGCUAUGAUGGAUUAUAUUGAUGAGCAUUUCAACAUUUUUGAGCUGUAUCAGGACGUAGAUCGUUUGUUAGACGUCAAAAUAAUGUCCGUGGAUAGCCGCUACCGCGGAUUUGGCAUUGCGGGGAAGUUGACUGAUCGCACAAUGCAAUACGUAAAGGAAAAUAACAUCAAACUGGUGCAGGUGCUGUGUAGUAGUCAUUUCUCAGCAAGAGUAAUGGAAAAACUCAAUUUUGAAGAGGUGUAUCAAUUACCCUAUCGAGAUUACCUAGUAAAUGGAGAGCAAGUAUUCGAUCCGGAGAAACCGCAUAGCGCACUCAAAAUCUUAGUUAAAAAAAUGCCAUAGAAACAAGUACAAUACGGUUAAUAUAACGAUGUUCGUUGCUGAACCUUGAUUGGAAUACAUGUAAUAACACCGGUAGGUCAUUGUUAGUCAAAUAUGUAUCUGCAUUACAAUCAGACCAUUGAAAGGAAAAAGUUGUAAAAGAUUUUAAUUAUUGGAUGUCUUGUUGAUGUAUUGCCGUUUCAAUAUUACCAAUAAAAGAUAAAAGACAGUUCAAAAGAAUGAUUUUCCCAACACGCAAAAAAUGAUCUUAUGAUUGUGCAGAUUGCGUUCUUAAUUUGGAGACAAAUGAAAGUAAUUUGGUGAUAUUUGUUAUAUAUUAAGAAUAGAUUUGACCCAAAUGAAUAAAUAAUUUUACAUGAACCAUGGA